AGCGAUGUCGCUCUUCUGCACAACUUCGUCAACGUACGUAACCUAUCCAAAAAAAAGUUAUUGCGGCUGUUCACGGCUCUGGGGUCCCAGCUACGGGUGGAUGACCGUUACCGUUGUAGAUCGGACAUGAGGUCGUGAGUACUUAGAAGGCGUUGCCCAGUAAUUGAGUCUCGUCUGCAUCACUGUCUUACCCCUCAUACCCCCCAUCCCUCUAUUCCUCAACAUGUCGAGCAUUCGUACUCUCGCACAGCUGAACCGAGGAGCACGGCGGCCAUUGGCAAGCGCACAGCGAUGUGCCUUCCUCCAGCCUCAGCUUCGCACAAAGGCCACAGUGCCCUUCAGGCUACCUGAUGCACGUAACGAGCCCAACCCCACAUACGAAAAGGGUUCGAUCGAGCGUACCAAGCUCGAGGAGACUCUAAAGCGCAUGAAGACCCAGAUCCCUCUUCAGAGCGAGAUUCAUUUCAGCGGCAAGUCACAGCAAGUCUCCAGCGCAUGGGACCAGCCAUUGCCAGCCGACCACAAGACCACCUUCACCAGCUACCCUCUCGCAACCAAGGAGCAGGUCUCUGAAGCCAUUGAGGCGGCCCUGAAGGCGAAGAAGUCAUGGGAAAACACACCUUUCGUCGACCGAGCAGCCAUCUUCCUCAAGGCUGCUGAGCUCGUUGCGACCAAGUACCGAUAUGAGCUUAUUGCCGCAACCAUGCUUGGUCAGGGCAAGAACAUCUGGCAGGGCGAGGUAGAUGCUGCUGCUGAGUUGGCCGACUUCUUCCGUCUCAACUGCAACUACGCCGCUGAGAUCAUCUCGAAGCAGCCGGAGCGAGGCAGCGAUGGCAUGUGGUCCCGUCUUGACUACCGCCCGGUAGAAGGCUUCGUCUAUGCCGUCUCGCCCUUCAACUUCACUGCUAUUGGCGGCAACCUGGUUUCAGGACCUGCCAUCAUGGGUAAUGUUGUCAUCUGGAAGCCAUCGCCGUCCAACAUCUACGCCAGCACCAUUGUGUACAAGAUUCUGCUCGAGGCUGGUCUUCCUCCGGAUGUCAUCCAGUUUGUACCUGGUGAGCCCGAAGAGAUCAACGAUGUUGUCUUCAACCACCGCGACUUCGCUGGUCUCAACUUCGUCGGCUCUUCAGAUGUUUUCCGCUCGCUCGCCGCUCGCAUUGGUGAGGGCGUUGGCAAGAGCACGUACCGCGAAUUCCCUCGCAUGGUCGGCGAGACCAGUGGCAAGAACUUCACUCUCAUCCACCCCACGGCGGAUAUCCCCUCUGCAGUCAAGCACACGAUCCGCGGCUCGUUCGAGUACCAGGGUCAGAAAUGCUCAGCCACAUCCCGCCUCUACCUCCCAGAGUCUCGCUCCAAGGAGUUCAUUGAUGCCAUCGUGAAGGAUGUCAAGGGCAUCACCCAGGGUAACCCCCACGAGGACCUCGCUGCCUUCAUGGGCCCGGUCAUUCACCGUCGUUCGUUCGACAAGAUCAAGGCCGUCAUUGAUGAGAGCAACAAGGACUCUUCGCUCAAGCUCCUCGUUGGAGGCACAUACGAUGACUCCGAGGGCUUCUACAUCAAGCCGACUAUCUACCAAGCCGACUCGCCCGACCACAAGCUCUUCAACUAUGAGAUCUUCGGCCCUGUGCUCGCCAUCCACGUCUACCCUGACGCAGAAUGGAGCCAGAUCCUUGAGAAGGUUGACCAAGCCGGUGGCAACUUCGCCCUUACCGGCGCUGUGUUCGCCAACUCGCGUACCGCUAUUCGCGAGGCUGAGGAUGCCCUUCGCUACUCCGCUGGCAACUUCUACAUCAACAGCAAGACCACCGCCGCCCUCAUCGGCCAGCAAAGCUUCGGUGGAAGCCGAGCAAGUGGUACCAACGACAAGGCCGGUUCCUCCAACCCCAUGUUCCGCUUCACCAGCCCGCGUCUCAUCAAGGAAGAGUUCUUCCCUGUCUCCGAGUACCUCUAUCCUUCCAACAAGUAAUCGUUUAGCCAAGCUGGGCUAUAAUACUAGGGUUUGUCAAGCAUGGUUCAUGAUUAUGUAUAAUGAAAAUGGGUUAGUUAUGGGGGCCGAUCAAUUUGUAAAUAGAUGUCGCUCAUUGUUUGGAGUUUGCUUCUCACUAGCAUUUCUGCGUUGGUGCCUUGAAAAGCGAUAUUGUAUUGCUGGACACGGCGCUUGGUAUCUAAACUCUAUAGAUGAAAGUAUCAUCAAUGACAAGGUGUUCGUAC